ACUGUCUUCCUGGGAUGUUCCAUUGCUGUUGUGGGCUGCUGUUGUACAACAUGUAAACGGCAACUGUGACCCUGUAUCUGGGCUUUAUUAAUAUCAUUUUGGCUUAUUGACUCGGCUGUGUCUGAGUGAGAUAUCUUCUACGUGCCGCGAGAUCUCGUACUGUACCGUAGCGAAAUGAAGAAGUCGGGAGAAGUCGAGAGGGAAGUUACUGUUCCUGUUGCCUGCACCCGGACAAGAUGCAAGGUCCACCAAAAGGACCCCACUCCGUCUUACUCAUAAAUUACUUUCCAGCAAUCUCCGAGAAGCCAAGCAAACAUCACCAUGAAAGCAACCUCCAGCAUUUCCAAAACCGAUGCCUUUACCAUGGCACUCAUGAAGGCGGUCGACUUGAAUACCCUGUCGGUAGCUCACUACCUCCAUGGAGACUAUCGGUCAGCCUUGAUUACUAUGAAAGAUACUAUUGAACUUCUUCGCUCGAAGAUGACGGGGCCGAUCAGCUGCCUCUCAGGUUCGGCACACUGCCACCAAAGCCCAAAAUACAUCUGCCGUGCAGUCAAACGGGCUUCCUUGUCCGAAGAAGAAAUGAAUGAAUUCGGCGCACUCUUUCCCUUUUACGUGAGGCCCUUCCAUUUGCUCCCUUUUCACGAAGAUUGCGCCUCUGAAGAAGAUUUGGAAAUUGUCUUCAUGACAGUAAUGUACAACGCAGCCUUGUUCCAUCAUUCGGUGGCUCUCCAGUAUCACCAGAUCAGUGACCCACAAGCCGCUUUGUACCUUCCAAGGGCUCUGCAAAUGUAUGAGAAUGCCUUCAAGAUGCACGAAAACUCAUCUUGGGACUAUGCAAGCAUGGACUCGCCAGAACGAAAUGGCUCAGAGCAUUUCCUCCAGUUGCUGGCUAUUUGCAACAACAUGGCAUUCCUCUAUUCAAUCGAUUGCAACUUUGUGGCUGUGAAUGGCUUCUUGUCUCUGCUCAACGACCUGAUGGAGUACAGUGAACACGCAAGAGCGAGACAUGAGGGAGACAAGAUGCUCUUUGAUGGAGAGGACAUUGUUUUUCUUUUCACAACGACAUUGCUUUUACACGAACAGCAACUUUUAACGCUGGCUCCAGCAGCAUAAAUGGGUGCACCUUCCAUCCAUCCACGCGCAAAGUUGCCGACCGGGGAGGCCGGUACCAAAUGUGUGGAGCUUCGAUUCAAUCUCUUCGUCUUCAUUUUUUUAACUCCAGAAGCUCCUUGUCAACUCAGUGCACACGGUGCAUGCCUAGUAGCGUGCACCCGCUCCAACACACAAUGAACUUCGAUACAAGUCAGCAGCCAACUGUAGCUGGCCGCAUCCAUUGCAUACUUCAUAGCCAAACAUCCAUUGUAAUAUACAGAACAACAUUUUUGUGGUAUCACAGCUAGUUUAACUUAGAUGCUUGUAUGAGGAGAGCAUCUCAUCAUUGUAGCACUGGCUGCACCGCUACUGUGGCUCUUGGGG